AUGAGUGCAGACUACAGUCAAUACGGAUACUACGCUGCUGCUGGUACUGCACCAGCUCUAACUGCAGCACCAGCAGCCGUGAUUCCAGCUACGUCAGUUUACGGAGAACAAAGACCAACGUUCUCAGAAGAUGGAACUGGCACUCCAUACAGCACAAUUCUCAACCUCGUUGGAAGCUCGGCAGUGAACAGCGAUAUUAGCUACGAUACAUCUUCUAAAGAUCCUCAUAUGAUCAGAGCUCGCGUUUUCAUUGGAAACAUUGCUAGAGCCAUUAUCACUCGUGAUGACAUUAUCGAGCUGUUCCGACCAUUUGGAAAGAUCAUCGCUGUCAAUUAUUUCGCGCAACAAGGCUUCGGAUUUGUUCAAUUCAACGAGGCAUCAAGCGCUGAUGAAUCAUGCCGUUCACUCAACGGAAUGACAUGGAAAGCAUGCUGCUUGGAUGUUCAUUUGGCCAUGUUGGGAUCACUUAAGAAGCCAACAGGACCCGAUCUUCGUCAUGGAAAUCCGGUCGCGCCACUUCCAUCAGCAAAUCCAGCGAAGGCGGCACAGGUUGCCGAUCCUUCCGCGCAAAGCGGAAAACGUCCGUACGAAGACGAGGAAUACGAGAUUUUCAAGCAGAACAAGCGCAACAAGAACUUUGCCAACGGAGACAGAACAACCAAUGACAGUUUGGCACCUAAUGAGAUGUGUGACACCAUGGUAUGCGGUAACUGCCGUUUCGUGACAAGUGAUUUCGAAGAAUUCAAGGAUCAUCGAAUCGCUGGAUGCAAUAGAUACAGAGAUCCAGAAGAGCCACGUCAUCGUUUGAAAUGCGCCACCUGCAGUCAACGAUUCCUCGGUGCCUGGGGACUUUUGGAGCAUCUCACGGAGUUCCAUCGCAUGCUGCUCUAUAACGAGGAGAAACUGACAGCAAGCGAUCUCGCACAAAUGCUCUCUAACUCCGGCUCAGCGCCACCGUCUUCCUCUCCAUCGGUUGUUCCACUGGCUGCCCCUCAAAAUCAGUCACAGAAUGUGUCUGCUAACUCAACACCUUCGUAUCCAGUGGUCGUAGAGGGCACACCAGUUUCGUAUUCAUCGAACAACGAAACUCCCCAAACUCUCAACUGA